AUGCCAAUCAAGAGGAAUCCGCCAUCGUCUUCUGGUGGAAUCGACCUUCGAAUAACUUCACCAGGCGGGUGGGAUUCUACUCCAGUUAGAGCAGAUGCUGAUGAUCAGCAGAAAAGUAACCUUGGAAGUCGCGAAUUGCAACAGGCCUCGGUGAGGUCGCUGGUGGAUCAGGAAUCCGGUGGUACCGGAGAGAGUUUGGCCCCGCUCAACUCCUCGGGACCACAGACGACAGCCUCAUCGUCCCCAUCAGCCUCGUUCUUCCCAGUUGCCGUGGCCACUGUACCACCCGUUGUCUUGUCAACCGUCUCUCCUGCACCUUUAUCGUCGCCAGGGCUGGUCGCAUCUCCGACGGCCAGACUGCAGAGCGACCCAACGCCGGACCACUUUGACAUCGACAGUCACAGUGGCCAGGUCUUUCUGGUGCAUCCGAUCGCCGAGUGCCGGAGUGGCCAGACCGUAAAACUUUUGGUGGUCGCCCGUGAUUCUGGUCAACCGGCCCGUUCAAGUACGGCCAGUUUGGUGGUACAAGUCGUCAGCGAGGAUGAGACCUUCGAGCCUGACGGCCCCGACGAGCAGACGGCGGUCUGGCGGGCCGGGCAUCUGUCGUCGAUGGGGACCUCUGUUGGUCUGCCAACACGAGCUGAUUCCACAAAUAGAGGCUGGCUCUUCUCUAGUGCCGGAGGCCGCCUGAAUUCCUUCCAACAGAUGCAAAUGCAACAUCGUCAACAGCAACAUCAACAACAACUACAACUACAUCAACGACAGACUGGAGGUGGGUAG